AUGGAGCAGCAACCCUUUCUCAAGUAUUCAGAUGAUCCGACGGAGAAGGAGCCUAGCAGGCAGUUGCAACAGCAAGCGCAAAGACGCAGCGGCAUCUACUCACACGUGUCCGUCUUCAUUCUCACAUCGCUGCUGUGGACUUUCAUCAUCUACUUCUUCAUCCCCGCGCCAUACCCUCAACGCAGCAGCACGACGGCAGGCGACUCCCACCAUAACAUCACGACGGGGGCGCGGCUGCUGACGUGCGGCAACUCGGUGGCGGAGGCGCGGGCGGCCGGGUGCCGGUACGACGUGCUGCUGAACAACUGGGUGCCGGGGCCGUGCUGGGACGGCGAGAUGGUAGCCGAGUACGAGGAGGACGGCAGCUGGGCCGGGUUCGCGGACGCGGCGCUGACGCAGCCGCUGACGGCGGCCGAGAUGGCGGUGCGCGACUCGUACUACACGUCGGUGCGCGACCACAUCAACCACUGCGCCGUCAUGUGGCGCAAGCAGUUCUGGGCGCUGUUCGAGGAGAGGCCCGCCCUCGACACCGUCAUCGCCAGCCCCGGCCACACGGAGCACUGCUCCCAGUUCCUGAUGGACGUCGGGGAGGCCAACUGGACCGACUCGACGCUGACGCAGAUGGGGUUCGCUGGAUGUUGGGUCAGGGACUGA